UUAUCGAAAUAGAGUAAACAAUACAAGUGACUGCUAUUCCAUUGUUUAUCAUUUGGAUUAGAGGUGGUUCAAAACCUUAUUUCUAUUUUUUUCGUAUAUUGAUAUUGCCAUGCUUUCAUUUUUUGCGUGGAACGGAGUUUUUUAAGCUGACAUAUUUAAUUUGACGUUUUGUUUUCUUCAAUCAAUUCAUCUCAUCUAUCGGUAAAUACCUACCUACCGCAGUUUUUUUAUUAAUUUUGCUAAGUUGAAAAAAAGGGUCGUUUGUAAUAAUGUUUUGUUCUCGCAAGAGAACCUAAAAUUCAAUGGCAUGCAGUAAUGGAGUUCAAUGAAUAUCAGACAAAAGAGGUAUUGGACCCGGUAGAUAUAGAUUAUUACUGUGAUCGAUCACGUUCGCCGAGUCCGACACCCGUUUUCAACACAAAUGUAUGUUGUGAUUUGGAAGACAUCUUGAGCGACGCAAUAUCAGAAACCUUGCAAGGCUCUCUCCGUGUGAGCCGCAGUCAGCUGAUUAACCAAGAACUGACAAUCAGACCAGAGGCCAAUAUCGAGGCUAACGUACCUGAAGGUUUAGACCUGUAUAAGGUUAUCUUUGAGGUGGAGAGUGACACGGAGGGGAGGAUGAGUGAUCUUGAAGGUGCUGCGGUACAAAAUAACUCAUUGACUGAUCAGGAGUCUUGCCGGCUGGUCGGCGGCUCCAAGUUCUACGAGAUGAUGGACAGCGCGACAUCAGCGGACGUGUCCACUCCCUCGCCCACUGAGAAACAUGACCACAUGAAGCCUACUGAGAGUGAUGAUGAAGUUUCAGACGUAGACCAAGAGUGCACGAGGUUCAGCGGUGUCAGUUACCUCGGUGCACAGAAUAUAUCGGACCCCAAAUCAGAAAGUGACAUCCAACGCAUCAUGAAGGAGCUCAGCUCUAUGCCAGAAAGUAGAGAUGGGAUUGCUGUAUCGAUAUCGAUACCCGUAUGCUCGCAAGGACUGGUAGUGCUAUAUCAAGCAGACUCAAACAAUGUGAUGACACGGUACGCGGUGAAUCGUAUCUCGUUCUACGCCCGCGGCGCUGCAGGGUCGCCGGUCGCCUCCUGCUUCGCCUUCACAUGGUCCCACGGCGAGACCAAGGAGUCCGCGGUUUAUAGGUGCCAUGUCUUCAGGUGUCACAUCGCCGAAGCCGUCAAUCAAGUCUCAAGCUGUUUCGCCAAAGCAUUUGAGCGUAUUCCCCGCUCGAUGGCGUCAUCCCUGGUGGGUGACCUGAGCGCAGCGCCCUCUAUGACCGGCUCGCUCACUGAAGGCAUCGGCCCUGCAGUCCCACCGAUGCAACUCAUGCACGUUCUUGAAUGUACUGUGGAUAUCAAGGAGACUGAUGCGAAGGGUACAUUCAGCCAUGUCCCGAAGGAGCGACUCGGCUUCAAACUGCGCGGCGGCAUCGACAAACAAGUGACUAUCAAUGUGAAACAGGUCACUAACAACGUACAGCCAGAGUCUGAUGAUCCACAGUCAACCUACACCGGUGGAUUGUACAUCGAACGCUGUUUCGGAAUACUCCUCGCUCCCGGCAGGAGCGUGAAGCAUUCAGAUAUGAGGCUACUUGAAAUGGUGAGUGGGUCAUCAGGUGGAUCUGGCUGUUCAGUGUGUGCGCUAUGGAACGCCGGGGAGUCCGCGUUAGCCGCCUUCAACGUAGCCAGCGGGGACGGAGCACCGGCGUACAUGUCACUCGCAUUGGAUCUAGUUAUCAGAGGCAUACCGGAUCCUUUAAGGUUGGUAAUCGAGACUCCAGUCAAGAUAUUCCCGCCUACUGAACGGUUCUGGUACUAUUCGAAGCGGCCGCUUGUACAACAGUUUUACAUUAAUCUGAAAGAGUCGGUAGACGCAUUGGGUCAGCUUCAAUACGAGGUGGCUAGUAUCGAGACAUCGGACGAGUUAGACAGGUCCCGGUUGAACUUGCCACUUUCAUUGUCAAGUCUCUUGCCGUCACCUCUGUCCAGUGCGCCUGCGCCGCCUUCGCCUUCCGAGCCUGACUCUGAUGGCGAUGAACCACUUCUGAGUGGUACUGGGGAAGUAUCGAAAGAUUGCGGCGAAGAUGUGCUGGUCAAUUGGGCACAAGUACUAAGGAGUUGGACAGGCCCGAGGCCGCGCGCCUUGAAUCACUUAGUGCGUGUCGGAGUGCCCGAAGCUCUUCGCGGCGAAGUUUGGCUGCGACUGGCUGGAGUUGACCAGAACGACAAGCUCAUGGAGACUUACAGGACACUUAUUAGCAAGGAUUGUCCUUUCGAAGCGGUGAUCCAACGCGACAUAGCGCGUACGUUCCCCGCUCACGAUUUCUUCCGCGAGGCAGGCGGGCUCGGACAGGACUCUCUGCUGCGAAUGGCCAGAGCCUACGCCGUGUACGACCAUGAGGUCGGAUACUGCCAGGGACUCAGCUUCUUGGCUGCUACUUUACUUUUACACAUGCCUGAAGAGCAAGCGUUCUGUCUUCUAGUCCGGCUCAUGUACGGGUAUGGUUUGCGUGAGCUGUACAAGGAUGGGUUCGAAGCUCUUUACAUGAGGCUGCAUCAACUCGACAGGUUAAUGGAGGAACAAUUGACGGAUUUGCGCGCUCACUUCCAAGAGCUGGGUGUAGAGCCACAUAUGUUCGCGUCUCAGUGGUUCCUCACCGUGUUCACAGCUCGUUUCCCGCUACCCUUGGUUUAUCACAUCCUUGACGUGUUCCUACUCCAAGGCAUUGACACCCUGUUCCAAGUGGCGCUGGCGCUGCUCUCCCGAUCGCGCAAGGAUCUCUUGCAGCACGACUUCGAAGGGGUACUCAAGUACUUUAGAGUAACAUUGCCAAAGAAAUGUCGGGCGGAAGAAUCGUCCCGCCAAAUUGUGAAGCUGGCGUGCAGUAUCAAAGUAAAACGAUUGCCCAAAUAUCAACAGGAAUACGAGAAAUUUAUUAAAGAAUCGGCCGAAAAGGAAAAAAUAAACGUUGAACUCGAGCGACUGAAGGUCAUCAACACACAAUUACUACAGGAGAAAGAGUUACUAGAAGCACAGUUAACGGAGGCCCGCACAACCUCAGAGGAAAAUCAGAAAGAAGCAGCACAUUUCUCAGCAGUAGCGCGGGAUUAUCGCGAAAUAUGCGCCAGACUCGACAGACAGCUACACAAUAUGCAGGACUACGUUAAGGACUGUGUCACUUGCAGUGUGAAACUUGCGCAAAAGGAUAAUAAAGAAGAAGACCAAAAAGGUGACGAUAAGGAGGGUUCGAGUGAGACAGAGGCACGAUUAAGGCAACGCGUCCGCGACCUUGAGCUGGAGCUGGCGCAAGUGAAAUUAGCGCAUGUGCAGGCUCAGUGCAGCAAUCAAGAGUUAAGCCAUCAACUGACAGUAGCUCUGAACGAAGUACAGGCAGCCGUCAACCAGAAGCAAACAGUCGCACCCUGGCUAGUGCGCACACUCAAUUCGAUCAUGGAAGCGGCGCAAACUCGACCGUCGUUCCAGACUUAUCUUCCGAACAGUAAUUCAGAACAACCCGCAACACCACUGCACAGACAAGGCUCGUUUUCAUCCGGACAGUCUCACAGCCAUGGAAACCUCGACCGCCGCGUCUCAGAACCGUACAGUCCCGACGUAGUGCGGAGGAAGAAAGACCUAAAUGCAUCCAAACGACACUCCCUACUCGUCGAGUCCAACCUCGCUAAGGAGGCCAAAGAAAUCAACCGGCGGAGCCAUGACGUCACAAUCGUCAAAAACCUCUCGAUGGGUUGACAUUAACGCUCACAUACUCCGAUUAUACUAUGUUUUGUAUUAUUUCGGUGUGAGAGGUUGUAUUAAAGGAAACGUUUGUUGUAUGACACGCUACGCUGCAAGUGUACAGUUUGCGACGCAAGUUUAUAUCGAAUAAAUAGCACACAUGCAACCUGUACAACGCGCGGCGUGUGAAUGUGCACAUAACAGUAACUAGUCAUAAUGUAAUAUAAUCGCGCACGUUAUUGUUUACCGAAUCGAUAGUAUUGUAGAUGUAUUGGUUACCUUACCGCUUACUCGCACUACCAUUCCACUAAGUAAAUUUAUUGUAUAUGAAUCUCUUAAAGACAUUUGGACAUAAUGACUCAGACAUUUUGAUAUUUAUAACACGCCCCAAUUAUAGUAUGAUAUUAAUUCCAUUUUAUACACAAAUUGUAAUUGGUUUCUGCGCUUUGAUGCUCACGCUAUACAUUGAGUGCCUUCCGGUUUAGGUUAAGUGAUAUUUAGACAUCGUAUUUAUUAUUGACAUCUUUCAGUAUUUCUCCCAUUAUGUUACUUUUCAUAUUUGAACGCGGACAUAUUUAUUAAAGCGACAUAUCAGAAGACAAGCAAUACAAGAAUCAUCAGUAAAUUAUUGAGUAGUUAUCAGUUAACGAGAAUAUAAGCAUGGAAAAUGGACUGUCUGUUCUUUUGCCCACAGAAUAGUAUUUAACAGAACUAAAGAGCGAAUAUUAUAGAUUCUAGUUAUAAAAGCUUCCUAGACUCUCAACCUUAGUAAACAUUCACGGGGUAUUGACUUUUCGCCGACUCCAUUAUAAAGGAAGAAUAGACAAAAUGAAAAAUAAUAUUAUUUUUGUUCAAAUCGUGUAUGAUAUGUCUACUCUAUCGCUUAGCGUUGGAAUCUCAAAUACAUUUCAACUUGCGUCAAAAGCCAUUUUUAACAGACUUCAAAAAGAAGGUGUUAUGCUUUUCUUAGUUACAUUUGCAGAAUGCUGUGAUAAAAAAACUGUAUGGUGUCGUUUCUGAAAAAAGACUAGGUAAAAAAGCUAAAGUGGUUUUGUAAAGUAUUUGAGGGACCGAAAGAAGUGAUUGAUGUUCUAUCGUUUUUAUUGAAUUCUUAUGAAUAUAUUUUAUUUAAUUUAAACAUUAUUAAUGAUCGAUAAUUAUUUCUUUUAAAUUUUAUAUAUUAAUUCGUUUUGUAGAUUAUCUGAUAUUUUAGAAAUUAUAUAAAAAAAUAAAGGUGUAAUAAUUAUUUAAUGAAUAUAACCUAUAAGUGAAAGAGUACAUAUAGUAUUUUAUUGAAAUAUAUAACUAUUUGAAAUGCUUUGUAAGUUUUUCGCUUAUAGGGAAUUUUACGAUUGCUUGAAUUUUUGUAUAUUCGUAACAUAUGCUGGAAUAUUCUUUAUCAUUCUUGAUGUUAUUAAUUGGAACUGGUUGUUUGACUUAUCUAAUAAAUCGUGCAUUUCGGACAUAAUGCUAAACAUAAGUAUACAAAUUGUGUAUCACGAUGACAUGUAACUGCCAUAGAAUAAUUGUAUAAAAAAUGUUGAAAUGAAAAUUAUUAUGCCCGUUCAUUGUAAAUUUUUAAUCCAAUAUGUAUUAUCUAACGCCGACUAGUGGUUUGUAGGCAAGCUAAAUUAUACCUAGUGUUAUCAGUCUGUCAAAAAAGGAUUAAUUAACUUGGAAGACAUAUAAUUCUAUUACUAUUCACUUGAUUAAAGGCUGGCCUUCAGAGUGUUAUUAUUCUCAUCAUAACCAUAUUUUUGUUUAAAAAUUACCUGUAAAUAAUACAAAAACAUAUAUUUAAAAUAAGAUACUGUUAUUAAAGAAAAUUAUUACGCAGUUUAU